AUGACGUAGUUAAGUCACGUGAGAGCCUAAAGUUGUCAUGGCGUCUCUGCAGGCUGCUAAACGUGCGCUCAGGGCUCAACUAAAACAGCGCAUCGCCGCUUUAAGCGAAGUAGAGAAAGCGAGGCAAUCCCAGGCUGUAACUCGCAAGUUACUCUCUCACAGUCGCUAUAAGGCAGCUCAACGUGUUGCUGUUUUUCUGAACAUGUCUGAUGAAAUUCAGACUGGGGACAUCCUAAAUGAUAUUUUCCAACAAGGAAAAGCAUGCUUCAUUCCACGUUACCUGCCCAGAAGUAACCACAUGGAUAUGGUGAGGCUUCGUUCAAAAGAGGAAAUUCAGCAGUUACCUGUAACGUCAUGGAACAUUCGCCAGCCUGGGGACACUGACGGCAGAGAGGACGCUCUGUCCACUGGAGGACUGGAUCUUGUGCUAGUACCAGGACUGGGAUUUGACAAGGAAGGUAAUCGCUUGGGACGAGGGAAAGGAUACUACGAUACCUUCUUUGAACGUUACAGAAGUCAGCUGGAUAGCAAACCUUACACCGUUGCCCUGUCGUUCCAAGAGCAAGUUUGCGAUUCCAUUCCCGUAACCGAACACGACAUUGCAAUAGAUGAAAUCCUAUGUGCCGGGGACCUGACAGUACUGGAGCAUUGAUUAUUAUACAUUAUUAUUUUCUUUACUAACGGUCAGGUACAAGUAGGCUGUCAUUGUGUUUGUAGCUCUGAAUCGCUAUGAUUUAUGCAUCUGGGACAUGUCUGUUUUCUUUUAAUCUUUGAAGUUUUGCUUUCAUGCUAAGCCUUUUUAAUGCGCAGUUUCCUCCAGAGGUGCUGAUUCCCAAUAGUUUCAUUCUAUUUAAUUUGUGUGUAUACUUUCAAUUAGAGAUGUCGUAAAAAAGGAGCCUGUAUGCACUAAAAGACAUAGAAAACAAUGAAACAAUAACAGGAAUAUAACUAUGCAAUCUAUGUCUCCUAGAAUUUGGGGAAAAGGUUUUAGUAUGUUAGUUGAGCAGAGUUGGGGAUUAAAUCAGUUACCAGUUAAUCUAUUUCUUGGAACUGAAGAAAUAAUUCUGAGGUUAAUUAGUGCAUAGAAUAAUGCAGAUUGAAUAUGCUACUUUGCACUUAAUAUUUAACCUUUUAACCCCUUAAGGACAAUGGGCGGUCCCUAAACCCAUUGAAAACAAUGCAUUUUGAGCCCGUACAUGUACAGGCUUUGUCAUUAAGGGGUUAAAUAAUAUGAAGGUCUGGGAGAUGCAUACAUGUUUGGCUUCUAUGCAAAUACACAACAGUAUAAACAAUACAGGGAUAUAGCGGCUAAGAGAUCGGCUGCAAUAAACUGAUCUUACAUGUUUAAA